AUUAUACUAUGUCUGUUAGAGUCAGUAAUAAUCUAUCACCAUUUUAUGUUGAAUUAGCUAAAACCAAUCUGUCAGAGAAUCCAGCACAUAUUCAAGCCCAUUUGACUGCUUUCAAACGAUGGUUAAGCUCAUGUCCACAUUUAAUCAUACCACAAGAUGAUGCUUUUUUACUUAGUUUUCUACGUUAUGCUCAUUACGAUCAUUCAGUUGCACAGAAACGUAUUGAUAAUUUCUGUAGUAUACGUUGUUUAAGUAAACAUGGCAUUACCGAUUGGUAUAAUUAUCCAAAAUUAACUGAUCCAAUUGUAGACGCAUAUUUAGAUGCUGGCAUUUUUGUUCCAUUGGGUGUCGUAGACAGUGGAGUACACAUGUUUAUACUCAGGUUGAAGGCUUGGAAACCCGAUUGUUUAACACAAACACAAAUGAGAGCUUUGAAUAAUAUGAGCUUUGAACGUUUUAUAUUAGAUGAACAAUGUCAAAUUGGCGGAGUCGGUAUAUUUAUUGAUUUAUCAGGAUUAACAAAUAAACAAAUGGGUGAAUGGACUGAUCCAAAAACAGCGAAAAGUUCAGUAAAAUUAUUACAGGAAGCCACUCCUGGACGUACUAAACAUUUAAUAUUUUAUAAAGAAUCAAAAGCAUUCGAUAUAGGUUUCAAACUUUUUGAAUUUUGGUUAAGUGAUAAAAUGCGUCAACGAAUUUUACGAAUUAAAGAUGAUACUGGAAAAGCUUAUAAAAAAGUACCUGGUUUGAAACAAAUCAUGCCAGAAGAAUAUGAAGGGUGUAAUGGUCCAAUCAAAGAUUUAAUCGCUUUAGAUAAAAAAAACUUUAAAACAUUUUACUCAAAUACAUGUUGUUUAAAUGAUAUAAAAGUUGACGAAUCUAAACGUCCACUUUCUGCUCAAAAUUACAUGCGAGAAUAUAAAGAGAUUGAUGGUACAACAAUGGGCAAUAAAGGCACAUUUAUUUCAAUUGAUCCUGAUGAUUAAAAAAAAGUUAUGCGAUUGUUGAUUAGUUAACAUUGAAUAUUGACAAUGUUGUUUUUGUUACAUUUUCACUUACCAUUGUUUAUUCAAUCUCUUUAUAAACUUUAUUGAAUUAUUAGAUUUCAUUGCUUUACCUUACUUUACUUUACUUUAUAGUUGAAAUUGUGUUCUUUGUUAAUUUCACACUAUCCUUCAUUCGAAAAAACAGACUGACAUUUUUCAGAGUAUAGUUGUUUUAUUAAUAUAUCAGAAGCAUUCCGUCAAUAUUAAACAUAAGUACCGAUUUGUACAUGCCUUCAUGAC